GGUUGGUUUGUCUAAUACAAUAUGGUGCCUGUGUCUGAACGAAGCAAACUAAAAGAACGCAAUUACGAAAAUGUCUACUUGUUUUGAUAAAGUAAUGUAUAACACGUCAGUCCAAUUACUAGCAUAGUGGUGUACAAGUGUUAUAGACUUUGAGUAUUGUUCCAAUGUACGAAAUUUUAAUUUAUGCAUUUAUUGAAAUUAAGUGAUUUUUCUUCAAAUAAUUUGAAUUUGACGUAUAUUUCUGAAUUCAAAAAGUCUCCUACCUUUGUUCAGUGAUGUGAAAGUUGAACUUUAUAAAAAUAAUAGAUAUUCUCAACUAUGUCUGCUUCAAAACCGUUUGAGGAUAAUAAUUUGCAAAAUUCCUCUCAGUAUAUAAGAAAUUCUAUCAAUUUACCAGUUGUGUCUACUAGCAGGAGUGCGCCCUUAUUGCCACCAAGACCUUCACAUUCUUUACCAGGAAAUACAGCCUAUAAUUCAUUUAACUCCUGUUUACCAUAUUCUAAUCCGUAUAGCAGCUACAGUUCUUACAAUAAUUCUUAUUUACCGUACCGUAAUUCUCCUUAUGGUUCAUACGGAUCUUACGGAUCAUACGACAGUUACAAUUCUUUAAGUGGAGGAUAUCCCAUUAAUGCUUUAAACGAUCAUGAACGAAGAUUCAUUCAAUAUGCAGAAGAGAGUUCGAGAAACACUUUCGCUAGCGUGGAAAGCAUCGUCAGAGCAUUCAAUAGCUUAGCUAUGAUGUUGGACAAUACAUUUUUUGCGAUGACCAGUAGUUUUAGAGCCGUAUUGAGUGUCGCUGAAAAUUUCGGUAGAUUGAGGACUAUGUUCGGCAACAUUUGGUAUUCCGUUAAUAUAUUUAGGUUUUUCAAUUGGUUAUAUAGAAAAUUUUUGAUAAUGUUGGGAUUUAAAAAAGCGAACAGCAAUGUUUCCAUGGCGUGGUCUCAAGCUAAAAACGGAGCUGCUAUAGGAGGAGGAUUACCUGGUGGUGCCGGAUCCAGUUGGCCCACCAUCGCAUUUUUGGGUGUGUUGGUGUCUGCACCUUAUAUCAUCAGUAAAUUUCUACCGAAGUAUGAAGAUAAAGGUGAUCCUACAAAUUGGAAACAUCCAGGUGUUCGAGCAAAAGCUAUUUUUGAUUUCAUAGGAACAGCUCCAAACGAACUGACUAUUCAAACUAACGAUCUAGUUUUAUUAGCACCGACUUAUAUCCAGGAAGAAAUGAACCUGAAAAAUUCCGGUUGGGCAUUUGCGGUUUGUAAAGGCAAAUCGGGAGUAGUGCCAUUAAAUUAUCUUGUUAUAAGCAAAAGUAGACCGAUAUUACAAACCAACAAGACAGCUGAACCGCCAGUACCUAAGGUAUUCCCAAAAACUCACCAGAAGAGGGUUAGUUUCGGAGAAAAUCAGAUAUACGAAAACGUGGAUUUAGAUGAUUAUAUGAUUAAAAAUGAUAGUGAAACAAAGCAACCUAGUCAAGAAAUCAAAUUGGAAGAUACGAAAAAAGAAGAAAAUGAAAAAACUUAGAAAAACUGAUUAAAUUAGUGUAUUUGCAAAAAUUAUGAUCAUAUUUAAGCACUUUUUCAUAAUGGUGAUUUAGGAGCUAUUAUUUGGAAGGUAAAGGCUAUGUUAUACUGUUUUUUAUUUUAAAUUUAUUAUGUCGAAGAGAACAGUCUAGAUGUUAUUUAAUUCUGCAACUGUUAUUUAUUUAACUAGUUAUUUAUGCAUUGUGAUCAAUGUUGUAUGUAAAAAUAAAUAUGUAUUGUAAAUUUUUUACUAUUUUUCAAUGGGAAGAUUUUUUAAAAUAAACAGUUUGUUGCUUCAA